AUGAAGGUGGUGGAGCUAGAAGCCGCAGAGGAUGAUCUGGACAACAUUCAGCAGGAGAUCAAGAUGCUGCAGGCCUUCAACUGCCCGCAGCUCACCCGGUACCAUGGCAGCUUCAUCGUCGGAAGCGCGCUGUGGAUCUCAAUGGAGUACUUGGAGGGGGGCUCGCUGCAAGACCUCAUCAAGUCGAGCACGAACAAUCUCGACGAGCACACGGCCCAGUGGAUAUUGAGAGAAAUUUUGAAGGCGUUGGUCUACCUGCACUUGGAACGGAAAAUUCACCGCGACGUCAAAGCCGGAAACAUUCUGGUGGCAUCCGACGGGAGUGUGCGCCUGGCUGAUUUCGGGGAGUCGGUGCAGCUGACCCACUCCAUCGCCAAGCGCCAGACAUUCGCGGGGUCACCGUACUGGAUGGCGCCGGAGGUCAUCAUGGCGCAAGACACGUACAACUCGAAGGCGGACAUUUGGAGCCUUGGGGUGACGGCGAUCGAGAUGAUCAAGGGGCGGCCCCCCUACUCGGAUAUGCACCCGAUGAAGGCGGUGUUGUGCAUACCCAACAACCCCCCGCCGACUCUCGGCAAGGAGGGGAACUUCAGCAAGCACUUCCACACCUUCCUCGAGCAGUGCUUCCAGCGAGACCCAAACCUCAGGCCAUCAGCACAAGAGUUGCUGAAGCACCCGUUCAUGAAGGCGGCAAAACGGACGGAUUCCUUGAAUAAGCUCUUGGAGGCCCGACGAGCAUCGCAGAUGAUGAAGUCGCUCUUCGGGGGGGGGCUGCUGAACUCCACGGAGCCCCCGCAGGACGCGACCCACAAGGCCAAGCCCACCACCGCCCUCCCGGCCUCCGCCGCGGCAGCCAUCGCCGCCGCCGCCGCAUCCAAGGUGGACACCACCAGCGGCACCCCGCUAGGCGCGGCGACCAACGACCCGAAGACUCUGUCCGUGGAGUGGGAUUUCGGGGACGGGGAUGAGAGCUUCGCCGAGCAAGCUCGGGUGGCCGCCGCGGGUCUCGGGGACUUCGACUUCGCCUCCCCCGUGCCGCAGGCGGCGGUGGCGGCGGCGGGCGAGGCUUGGAGCGGGCUCGGCAUUUCCGCCGCUGCUGUUGUUGUGUCCCCGCCGUCCCCGGGUGCGGUGACGCCGAAGGCUAGGCACGGGAGCGGCGGGAUGUGGGCGGAUGGUAUUGCGGCGGCGGCGGGAGCGGCGGGCGAGGGGGAAGGGGGGGGGUAUGCGAGAAAAGGACCGCCUCCGUUGGCGGAGCGGCACCGAAAUCGGGGCAAGAUGACGAAGGUGGGCCACGUGCUGGGUAUCAACGACGCGGCGGCCGCGGCUACCCUCCAGAAGGAGAUGACGGUGUUGACCCGCAUGCAGGACGAGGAGAUCAUCCGACGGCAGAAGCUCGGCGGUCUUGGGAGCUGGAAGACCUCGACGAAGUCGGCUGAGGCGACGGAGUCCCAGGACCCUUUUCCCCCCCCCCCCCCCGCCGACCCCCAGGGAACCCUUGGCCAAUCAUGGUGGUGGACCCCUUCGUUUUUUUCUCAAGAGCAGCACCAGCCCUUUUCGGAUUCCUUUUCCGCCAAGGCCCGGGGGACCCGUCCCUUUUUUUCCGGGUGGGGUUCCCGGACGUCUUCCCCCACCCCCGCCCCCUCCGGCGAGGGGGGGGGGGGCGCGGAGGAGAAGCGGUCGAGGUUAUCACGGCUGCGUCGACACCGCAGCGAUAAGGUUCGUUCUUCCUCGUCCUCGUCGUCUUCGUCCCGGAGGGCCCGCGGGGGCUCCGGCGUAUCAACGUCGUCGGCACCGCGGUCCCACGCCGGUUCUCACGAUCUCGCCGCCUGGGAGGAGGGGGGGGGGGCGAGAGGGGCGCCGGCGGCGGCGACGGCGGCGGCCGCGGUAGAGGCUCUCGAAGGCGCGGCGCCGGCGGGCGAAGCGGUGGACGAACCCGGCGGAGGGAAAAGCGGCGCGACUAGCGAGCCGGGGCGUGGUCCGUCGUCGAGCCGUAACCUUGGCCACAGCAACGGCGAACGACCAAGCAGCGGUGGCCGUGGCGAUGGCACAAGAAAGGGUAGUCCCGCCGCCGCCACCGAGCCACGAUCGUCGGAGUCUGCGAGCAGGCCGGGACCUCCCGCGGACGGCGGCGAUAACGCCAAUAAGCCCGACGCGGAGCCGGACGCGACUGCUGCGGACGGAGACGGGGCGGCAGGGGGUCGUCGUCGUCGUCAGGGCGGAGGAGGUGAUGAUAUUGAGGGCGAGGAGGGCAAGGAGGAGGCGGCUGGGGAAGAAGCGGGGACGCGGCGGCUGCCGCUGCCGGCGCCGCUGGUGACAAAGAGGAGCUGGGAGCACGACGACGUCGGCGACCUCUUCGAGAGCGUCGACGGCAACGGCAAUGACGGCGCAGUGCUGGUUGCGGCGGAAGGAGCGGGGGGCGUUGAUCAGGCGGCGGCGGCGGCGGCGGGGGGGGAGGCCGGAGAGGCGCGGAACGCAGUAGGUAGCGAGGCGGGUGCGGUGGGAGGUAGUCAGGCGGCAAGCCCGUCAGGAGUGCGACCGGAAUCAGCGGAAGCUGGCGACACGGCACGGGGCGAGGAAGGAGGCGUGCGGAGCGCCGGCGGGCGCUCGUCGCUACCUCCUGCUCCACCGUUGGGAAGGGCGCUCGAGCUUGACGGCAGGUCGGAGAAGGACACGCCCACGUCGGUGCCAAAGUCCUCGCUGGGCAUGCCCUGGGGCAGCGUUGUCUUCAGGAGCAGCACCUCCGAGAGCCCCGGCGCCAACUCGAUGAACUCGACCGCCGGGGUCCUGGGGUUGGGAACGAGCGGCGAGCUGCGUGACGCGGAGGGUGGCAGCGUGGCCGUCACCGACGAUUAUGGGGGGGGCGGCGCUGAGGCGCAAGAAGAAGAGGGGGUACGUGGAUGGGAAGAAGCGGGAGUGGGCGCCGCGGCGGCGGGGUGCGCCGCUUUGGCGCGCGUUGACAGCGCCGCCGAGGCUGAUGAUGAUUUGGCGUCGAAGGCCGCUACUGGGGAGGAAGAAGAAGAGCCGCUGCAACCGUUGCCAGAAGGGGCGCCGACGGGAGGCAGCGGCUCCGCCGAUGAUGAUGACGAUAGCGGUGUCGUCGUGCCCCUUCCGAAAGGUGCCGAUGGUGGUGUGGUGGUCGAGGAGGAGGUGGAGGAGGAGGAGGGGGCGACAGAGGCAUUGGAAGCGGCAGCGGCGGAGACGGCGGAUGCGGCGGAAGAUGAGGUCCGGUUGACGGCCGCGUUCCACGCACACCUAACACCGGCGCUUUGCGAGGCCCUCGAGAGACUCGAUGGCUGCAGCGAUGGGCAGCUGACGCUUGACUUUGUCGGCGCGAUCGGCAAGUCAUGGUCCUCCGCGCAGGCGUCUCCCGACGCACCCACCACCCCCACUGCCGAGUAG